GUCAGUGUGCGGUCGACGUCAGAGGAGUGUGUGCUGUUGCACAGUCACUGCGAAGGAUCUGAGUGUAAACAAGACGCGCUCGGCGGAGGAGAGCUCACAAGGCCGCUCUGUUGUUCUUAUCGCGAGUGUAAAGACUCUCAGGACGCUUGUCCCCAGCAUGGUGUGAGACUCUUGCGCCCCGGUGCUGCGGGAAGUGGUGUUCGGGACGCUCUGUCGGGAGAGGCGGCGGCGGACUCCGCGGUGCAGUGGGCCUGGCUGCUGCAGCGAGCGCCUGGAAAGUCCCUGGAUGUGCAGGCCCAGCUCGGGCAGAGCGGCGGGCCGGAGCCUGUUGUGGACUUGACUUCUCCUCUGCGUUGUAGCAGUGUGGUCUUUUCCACUAUGGAGCCUGGAGCAAAAGACCCAGAAGAGGAGACCCUUCAGACAGCCUUCAAGAAGCUGAGAGUAGAUGCAGAAGGCUCCACGGCAGCAGUGCGGGUGUGUGACUCCACGGCUCAAAGGAUGGCAGCCCGAGGGAACCCAGACGGAGCCAAACCAAAGACUGCAUGUCCCAAGGAGAACUGGCAUGGAUGUAUGCGGAAGACAUCUCGAGGUGCCGCGAGGAGCCAGCGACGGAGGAGGUCGAAGUCCCCUAUCCUCCAUCCUCCUAAGUUCACCUACUGUAGCUCAAAGAUGUCGCCACCACCUGGGCACCUCAAGCACAAGAGCCAGCCUGAGCCUGACGGCGACAGUACUUCCUUGGGCAUCCCUGCUAAGAAGGAGCUGCUGUCCCCGGGACGCUGCUCCCCAGUGUUUGGUGCCACCACUUACGAACCCUACGGUCACGAGUCUUCAGCAGGUGCCGCGGCCCUUGAGAUAAACCCUAAACCCGUGGCUGAUGACGAGGCCCCCUCUGUAUCGAAGAGCCCAGGCUGUGCUCUCUGCCCAGAGCGUACAUCAAGCGGCAGCGGCCCCCCCUCUGACUUCCAGUCCCUGUCGAAGCUGCAUGAGGCGGGGGGCUGCCCGUGCUUGGAGAGGCAGUGCCAGUGUCACAGCUGGCAGGGCGUGGAGGUGUACUCUUUCACGGGCCUGCGGGACGUCAUUUCGGAGUGCGAGAGGAACAUGGCGGGCACCGAGGACACAUCUCGGGUUUCGCCGCGCCACCGAACUCAGGGUGGCGCUGCAGCUUCGGGGUCUCCGCGCUCCUGCUCUGAGCAGGCCCGGGCCUACGUGGAUGACAUCACGAUCGAGGAUCUCUCAGGCUACAUGGAGUACUAUCUGUAUUUUCCCAAGAAGAUGUCACACAUGGCUGAAAUGAUGUACACUUAAAUUUUGGGUGGUGUUAGGGUUCCUCACAAAUGGUUAGGCAUGAUGUAAAAACCAACAUCCUUAUUAGAGUUAACCGUUUUUAAGUUUUCAUCAGUCAUUUUUCCCUCUGCUCAGUCGCCUUUAUCAUUUUCCUUUCUGGAAUACCUGUAGUCUCAAGAUUUAUAUUUUUAUUUUAAAUUGGGCUGAUUCAUUUUAUUGCUGGUUUACAUAAGUUGCCAAAGCUCUUUUGCAAACAUUACAGUUUGAUAUACUGUCUGCAAACCUGAUCUGCCAAGAAAUCAUUUUCCAAUGCCAAGGAUGUCAAGUGUCUUCAGAAUUUGCAUUUCUGUUGUGAUAAUAAAAUUUGUUAAAAGUUA